AAUUUCUACUAUGUGAAAUGAAAUCAGGUGAAGUGUCAUACAUGCAGUCACUUUAUGAAAACUGACGUUUGUGCUACGGUUCAUUUUAGCAUAAUUAAUAAUGCGGCCCAUUUUGAUCGGGACUGUUUUACUGUCAGUAGCAGCUGCUUAUUAUAUUUAUCUGCCUCUGCCCAGCACUAUAUCAGAGCCAUGGAAACUCAUGUUUUCGGACGGAUUGAUACGUGGCAUGAUGAAGUUGAGUUUUUUAGCUCAUGAUCUUGGACUGACAUCACCAUUUGGGUUGGCAAAAUACUAUUCGGCUUGGGCGGAUGCAAAAAGUAUCGAGUCCAGCCCAAGCGUCCGAGUCACAGAAGCGUCUUUUGGAGGAGUGGGAGCGCUAGUGUUUGAGUCAACUGUUGCAGGGCAGGAGCAGAUCUUUACAAGGGGCGUGGUCUAUUUCCAUGGAGGAGGAUGGACACUCGGCAGUACAAAGAUGGAACCAUAUUUCCUUCAGUGCAUGACUAUGGCUGAGGAGCUGAAAGCAGUCGUAAUAUCUGUUGAGUACAGGCUGGCACCGGAUGCACGUUUUCCAGAUCAGUAUAAUGAUGUUUUUCAGGCCUCAAAACACAUCCUGACAGCCGAGGUGUUGGGUCGGUACUCUAUAGACCCGAAGAGAGUGGCUGUGUCAGGGGACAGCGCAGGAGGAAACCUGGCCGCCGCUGUGGCACAACAGGUGGCUUUAGACAGUAGCAUUCCUAUUAAAUUUAAAGUUCAGGCCCUGGUCUACCCCGUGCUUCAGGCCCUGGACUUUAACACCCCCUCGUACCAGCAGAACACCAACAUGCCCAUCCUAGACAGACCAAUGGUGCUCCGCUUUUGGCUGGAAUACCUCAACGGCGAGCAGAAACUUGUUCCUGCUUUGCUGGCAAACAACCACACGGCUCUGGAUCAGGGUCAGGAGAUAGCAGCGGCCAAAGCCAAGACCGACUGGACCAAGCUUCUUCCGGUGGCCUUCCAGAAGAGCUAUAAACCUGUGUUUCCACUUCAAGGUGACCCAAAGCUGCUGGAGAAGCUGCCAGGUCUGCUGGAUGUGAGAGCGGCACCUCUACUAGCUGAAACAAAAGUGCUGAAGGCCGUGCCGCCCGCUUACAUCAUGACCUGUGAGCAUGACGUGCUGAGAGACGACGGACUCAUGUACGCCACACGACUGGAGGAGGCCGGAGUGGACGUCACUGUUGAUCACUUUGAAGAUGGUUUCCAUGGAUGCCUCAGUUUCGCUUUUGGACCCUUUGCGUUUUCUGUUGGAAGACGAAGUCUUGGGAACUACAUCCACUGGCUGAAGGAGAACCUCUAAAGACUCAUAUAUAUAUAUAUACUCUAUGUUAAAUAUGUUUUAAUUUUAAAUUAGAUUAUUAAAUUUAACAUGCAGUCCAAUAUGAAAAUGCUUCAAAGUUAUUGCUACAAAAUCUGAACAAGCAUGCUGUUUUAAUACAGGGAAUUUAUUAUAAAUUUGUAUUUAAUGUCAAAUGAUUUAUGCAGUGCAAUUGGAAUUUAUUAACAGAUAUAAAAUGAACUCUAAAGUUCAUGUGCAUAAAAACUUUAAAUGCACAAGAUAUUAUAUAAAUGUUUGGUUUGUUAGCUUUCUUAAGUUUACACACUUUCUUCAAUUAAACACUGAAAUUAGUUGAUCUGCAUAUAAACAUACUUAAAUUACAUUUUUGGGUUAUAAUAUACAAAAACAGUCACCAAAAAGAAAGAAAAAUGAAUAAUAGUAAUUAAUCAAAAAAAUUAUAGGAUGGAUGGGGAAAUUAGUAAUAUAUAUUAUUUUUGGCAUGACGGAGCUUUUAGGGACAGAUAUCAUUUAAGAUGGAUAGCAAAGUUCAUAAAAAUAUGUUUAUGCCAUAAAAUCUUUUCUCAAAGCGUAUCAUUAUGUUUACAUAUAACUUACGUCUGUUAAAAUACAACACUGCUGGGAAAAAGUUCAAACUUUUGUCUGGGAAUUGCAACUUCUUUGGCAGUUUCUUUGCUGCUGGCAGUCAGCAGUUUUAACAAAAGGGAAUUUCCUAAAAACCUAGCGGAGUGGUGGUUUAAUGAAACACGAGCUGGAAGGGAGUAUUUAAGGGAAGCUAUCUGUCACUGUUAGUGCAUGGGAAACGCCGGGGGAGCAGAUAAGUGCGGUGGAAUGCGCCUCUUGCUGUUUUUCUCACCUGUGAGACACUCGCUAUUAUUGCAUCUUUGCUUUUUAUUUUCUAAUUGGGAGUGUAGGGACAAUAAUACAUUUCUCUUGUUUUACAGACACUACUCUAAAUUCUCAGGGAAAAGCAUAAAAACAGGAUCUGAUUUUUAAAGGGAUCUAUGUAACACACCCACAUUUAUGUCCUCUUUUCUAGCUCUUAUUGUUUUGUAACCACUCUGCAUGCCAGUUUCCAAAAUGAUACUACUAUCUUCUUUCAGGUAUGAUGAGUAUGCGAGGCAGUGAAGGCUGUAAUCAUGUUUCUUUUGAUGCUGUGUUAAAAUAUUGCAAUUGUUUGGGAACCGUCUUAAUUAUGUGAUUUCUUGGCUACAAAAUAAACCACUGACAAUGA